AUGUAUGGCUCUCAGCCUCCUCCGCAUUAUGCGGGGGGUUAUCAGAAUCCGCCUCAGCCUGAGUGGCAGUCGCAUCACUCUACGCCAGCCUCUACAUACAACCCGAACACAUACGGACCUAUAAAUCCUUAUUCUCAAACAACCUCGCCGCCACCACCUGUCGGUUCUACCCCUAAUGCAGAUACAAGUAGUUGGGGGGUACGGUACAACCAGCACAUGGCACAGGAGCCGCCGCCGCCCCCUCCAAUCCCGCCUCGCAAUCCCGAUCUGUAUUCUGCGUCUCCGCCGCCUCCGCCGCCUCCGCGUCCAACUUCCACAUCGAACCCGACACCUAACGCAACGUCGUGGGACUACAGCAAUACUUACAACACACAGGAAUAUAAUACAACUUACAACACGCAACCUGCUCAAAGUCCACCGCAACCUCCCCCAAAACCACCUCUGCCAGCGGCUUAUCAGAACGAGAUUAACGGGUACGCGCAGCAAUGGCAGUCAUCUCAGCAGAACUAUGGACCUCAAUACUCCCACCAUCCUCCAACGCAUAAUUAUGAUCCCUCUCCACAACCACAGCCCCAGCCCCAGCCCCAGAGUCACAUAUAUGAACCCGUGAUUCAUGAUCAGGCGCAAACAAACUACCAACAGACGCCUUUCUAUUCCACCGGCAGCCCACCACCGGCUGUUCCAAUGUCAAGCGCUCCGCCGGCACCUCCGGCUACUGCUUCGAGUGUUGGCACGCAAUGGACCUCACAACCCAGUAAUUAUACAACGGGGGCAUCAAUACUCGGCCACGGCGGUGUCUCAGAUUGGGAACACCUUAACUCUACGCCUGGUGAUGUGGAUGAUUUAGAGUUGUAUCGGAAAAAGCCAGCCCCCGGACAACCCAUGGCACAGAGUAAUUCAGCAGCAGCAACGCCACCACCGCCGCUACAGGAGCCACCAAUCUAUAAUUCUCCUCAGCGUCAUACCCCUGUGUCUUCCCAGGCAAUGAGUCCAAGCUCUCUAGAUCAGACGCAGACUUAUCCUCCUAGGAAUAAUAGCACUCACUCUCAAGUCAGUCUUAUAUCACCGGAGGAUCGAUCUGAAAGUAUCGAUGGUGUUAUCAAAGCUUGGAAUCAACACCCUGUAUCGCCUAUUACCAAAGCACAAAGUGAGACGUAUCCGCCAAGCCCUGCUUCAAUGUUAGCAAAACCUGCUUCUCCGGCCGCAGCGACGGCAAAUCCUGCAGCUACGGGGCCUCCAAUAGAGGACAACCCAGGCAGCAACUUGGAGAAACACACGGGACAGAUCGAGCAGGUGACCAGCAGAGUUUCAACACCUGUUACUACUAACGACGCGAUUCCGUCACAGGUCAAGAUACUGGACCCCUAUGAUGAUCUCGACCCAUGGUCAAAGUCAUCUUUAUUUCGCUACGUGACAAUGUUGCGAAAGGAGGCGGUUGCAGAGUCAGAAGAGGAAAAGCACAAAAUUUUUACCGGGUUUGUCGCAAAAGAGACUAGGCUACGCGAGGUACUAUACAAUGUGGAAAGUGCCGACAAGGAAACAAAACAAGCCAGCAGCACUGUUCCAUUAGACACUAGAAAGUCGAGCGAAGACCUUGUAGCUACUGCCAAUCAGCUUAAGAAAUAUCUUGAAGAGAUGAAAGACAUGCGUCUCCCGCCUUUGUCCGACGAUCACAUUCCUGUUGAGUCAGAAGAUGGUGCUCCCCAUUCAAGAGAGACUGGAGACGACUCGGAGGAUCCUGACGACGUUCCGUACAGCCCUGGUGGACGGCCAAUACUCAACAAAAAACUGCCAGCACAGGCUUUGGCCAAGAAGCAGGAAGACCUUCGUCGGUUGUCAUCAAAUCCUCAAGGUCUUGGUACCAAUUCUGUUGGCGGUGAAACAUCUAGCCAUGCACCCAGCAACGCGAUGACUGGUCAGGAUGUAUCCUCGAUUGGAAGAUCCACAUCAGUACCACCGGCCUCCACGACCAGUUCAACGACAGCCGCAGCACUGACCCCUUUGGUGCCAGAACCUCCGCAACCUGCCUAUACACCUUUUCGAUAUACGGAAGGCCCUCAACGCGGAUCGGAAACUCUGAGUGUCGCUCAACCAGGCUAUCAAGCAUACUCAGCCUUGCGCCAAGCAUCUGCUGAAAGUGGGCGUGCCAUGUCUGCAGCGCCCUUGUUGCAAACUCCGGCAGACCAAGGUCCAACGGGUCUACCAAAAUCGACGGGAAGCAUUCAAACAGAUGAAACAUUUCUGGGGAUUAUUCGAGAGAAGAGCGUUUCUUACCGAGGGAAAAAUGAACUCGUUGGAUCAGAAUCCGGGUUUGAAGAACUUGGAGCUCUUAUCCCGGAUCCGUUCCCGACGUUAGAAGAAAGUGUUGAGAUUAGUAACAUAAGAAAGAAGAUGGAUGUUUAUUCCGAUGAUUUCAGGUAUAUUUACGUUACCACAGAGACCUGGGAAUUAGCUGCGAGGGAUCGACGCGAAAAGUUAGAAAGGGAUCGUGUGGCACGUCAAGAAGUAUCAGAGGCACAUAUUGACUCUCUCUUCAAUGAGAAGGAAAUCGGCUAUGCUGAUAUCAAUCCGCUCGAGGAGCAGUUUCGGCAAGGCGAAGCCCGGACUCAGCUAGCAGAGGAAAGGAAGGAGCUCGAUAAUUUUAUUCGAAAAGUCUAUAAUCCUGUUGAUAUACGCCUUAAGGAGGAGAUUGUGGAACUCAAAGCGCUACACCAAAGGGCGCUGGACGAGCUUAGUCAUGACAAGAUUCAUUCAAACAGCAAUUCUAAAUAUCAGAUAUCGCGCACGAUGAAGACUAUAAAUACGCUGUCGAAUAAGCUGGAAGCUCGGUAUCAGAAACGGCUCGAUCUUGGGCUAAAUCGCGAACAUCAUCGGAAAAGGGCAGAGCGGAGACCGCUUGUUUUCUUGGGAGAUUCUCGUGCUUUGAAGAAAUUAGACGCUGAUUUCGAGAAAAUGGAAAAGCAGAAUGUUGUCGAAGCUGCCAAAGACCGGGAUGAACGCGCGAACAAAUUAACGGAUGUCUUUGAUGGGGCUAUUCUCCACGCUUUGGGUAAUCAUCAGAGAGUUCUUGAUGACACGGCAGCGAAAAUGAGGAAGCUGGACGUGGGGAUGGUGGAGCGCAGUUCUCUGUCAGAGGCUGAUAAGGAGUUAUUACUGCGUUCAAUAUCUGCUCUUACCAAGUUCCUUGCAGAAGAUGCCGAGUCGAUGUUGACGAGUUUCAAGGAGGCAGACACCCUAUUGAAUGAAGCUGAUUAUAAAGUCUCUGUCGCUGAAGCCCAGUAUGCAAACUCGGAUCCUGAAGUAUUCCGUCGACUCGAAGAUGAGAAGAAGAAAGAGGAUGAUAAAAUCCAAGAAGACCACAGCUCGAAAUUGGAGAGCAUAAAAAAAGCGCCGGCCGAAAUAUCUAGCAAAGUCGAUCAAAUCUUGAGUGCGAUGAACAAGGAGCCAGGUGUUGGCCCAGGGCCAUGGCGACGCCCAGCAUCGCUGACGACCAACACCACUGCCGCCCAAUUGCGACCAGAAUCACAGUCGCAAUCACGCUCGCGCUCACGCUCGCCGAGUGUUCUCGACGAGACGAACGAAGACCGCCAUAUCGUCGAUGGCCUAAUGCCAGGACCUCUACGCCUGUCGGCGGAGACAGAGCAGCAAGAGCGGCUCCGGAAGGCGCUUGAGGAUGCGAAGAAACGAAAUGCCGCUAAGAAUUACACUGCUUAA